AUGAGUGGAUCCCUGCCCGCCAUGCCGAGGCCAAGCCCAGCCGAAGAGACUGGAGGCCAAGCAGGAAAGGCUGCAGUGGGUGCCCGGGAGAAGGGCCCUCGGCUGGGCCAGCGGCUGCCCUCUAUCGUGGUGGAGCCCAGCGAGGUGGGUUCUGUGGAGAGUGGGGAGCUGCGCUGGCCCCCAGAGGGCAUCCGGAGGGGUUCCCCCCAGAGCCAGGCUGCUGCUGCCCCCUCGCCAGAAGCUCCAGGGGAGGCUCCGGACGACACUGGCAGCAAGGGUGCCAGCUCCGAGGACCAGGCCCCUGUGGCCCAGUAG